AUGGCUGCCGUCCAAGGAGUGAUCUCGAAGCGCCGCAAGUUUGUGGCUGAUGGUGUUUUCUACGCUGAGUUGAACGAGUUCUUCCAGCGCGAAUUAGCUGAGGAGGGAUACUCUGGCGUCGAGGUCCGGGUUACUCCCACGGUUACUGAUAUCAUCAUCCGUGCCACUCACACCCAGGAAGUUCUGGGCGAACAAGGUCGCCGCAUCCGCGAACUCACCUCCCUCAUCCAGAAACGCUUCAAAUUCCCCGAAAACUCCGUUUCUCUGUAUGCCGCCAAGGUGCAGAACCGUGGUCUGUCUGCCGUUGCUCAGUGCGAGAGCUUGAGAUACAAAUUGCUCAACGGUCUUGCUGUCCGAAGAGCUUGUUACGGUGUACUCAGAUUUAUUAUGGAGAGCGGUGCCAAGGGUUGCGAGGUGGUUGUCUCUGGAAAGUUGAGAGCUGCUCGUGCCAAGAGCAUGAAGUUCACUGACGGCUUCAUGAUCCACUCCGGCCAACCCGUCCGCGACUUCAUCGACAGCGCCACCCGCCACGUCCUACUCCGCCAAGGUGUCCUUGGCAUAAAAGUAAAGAUCAUGCGCGGCAGCGACCCAGAAGGAAAAUCCGGUCCCCAGAAAUCUCUCCCCGACUCCGUCACCAUCAUCGAUCCCAAGGAGGAAGAGCCCGUCCUGCAUCCAAUUAGCCAGGAUUAUGGUGCCAAAGCCCUUGCCGCCCAACAGCUGGCUGAGCAGCAGCGAUUGGCUGAGCAGCAGGAAGCUGAGGCUGCGGGACAGGGCGUUGGUCCUGAUGGGCAGGUUGUGGAAGGGCAGGAGUAA